UCGGCUCUCCCUCAGUCCGCCUCUCGUCUCUGCAGCAGCAGCUUGGACCAGGCACCUUCUGGACAGGAUCCCGCAGCAUGGCUUUGAGUGGUUUUGUUCUCGCAGGACUUUACAUCCUCGUCCUCGCCAGUCAAUCGUUGGCGACAAUAGAGAUAAACAUGGAGGAUCGUGUGGAAGUCUUACUAGGAAAGCAGGUUGAGAUCUCCUGCCAGUAUAAGAUGGACAGCGACCCCAGCACAGUAAUCAUCCAGUGGUAUACAAAACCAGCUGGCUCCAACAGUCAAAGGCAACGCAUCUUCUAUAAGGACAACACAGGGGCGAUACUGGACCAGGACUCGUCCCUGGCGGGCCGGGUAACGGUGCACGACAGCAUCCCUGGAUCUGUGGUUGUGAUCGUGGAGCCGGUCCAGUUGGAGGACGAGCUGCUCUUCAUCUGCCACGUGAACACGGCCACCGAGGACGGCAAGGAGGGCAUGACGCAGCUCAGAGUCUUCAGUAAACCAGAAGUUCCCAAAAUUGAAGGAGUGCACACCGGGAUAUCUGUCAACGAAAAGGAUCCAACCCAGAUUGCCACCUGUCACGUCAAGAAUGGCUACCCCCUGCCCAAUAUCACCUGGUACAGAGACCACACCCCGCUGUACAUGAAGGAAGGAGUGCUUGGAGUGACCAACCAGGUGACGAGGGACACCAACAACCUGUACACAGUGAUAAGUGUCCUUCAUAUGAAAGUGAAGAAGGAGGACAAGGAUGCGUUCUUCUACUGCGAGUCUUCAUACUUUGUGCCUGAGGGGACAAGGAUGACCGAGUCCGACCGCAUCAAAAUCAACGUGCACUACCCGUCAACGUCUGUGGAGUUAAGACAGGUGCUUCCAGAAGGUUUAGUGAAGGAGGGGGACACCGUGGAAAUCAGAUGCUUUGCUGACGGAAACCCAACACCACCACUGACCUUCAAACAUAAUGGAGAGGACCUGAAUGAGCAGUUGCUGACUGAUGACCAGCAGGGGGUGGUGUUGCCAGACGCAACACGAAGUGAUGGGGGCAUGUACACUUGCACUGCCCUGGACCUGGAGACUCUGGAGGAGCUGGAAAACGACAUGGAGCUGAGUGUGCACUACCUGGAUGAGACUGUGGUGGUUCCAAAGUCACCAGUGGUGCUGUCCCAGGGCUCCUCCCUACAGGCCACCUGCAAUGCCCUCUCUUCUCUGGACACAAAUACGGUCUGGUUCAAGGAUGGUCAGUAUGUCUCUGAUGGCCACACAUUGAAGAUUUUUAAUGCUUCUAUGGACACAUUUGGAACAUACCAGUGUUUAGUGACCGCUAAGCUGCCUGGCCUGCAGUCACAGAGUUUUCUAGAGGUGUUUGUGCAGGGUCAGCCGCAGAUCACAGACGUCAGGGAGGAGGACCUGCAGGAUGGUGAGAACUCUGUGAACAUCACCUGUGUGGUGCAGGGCUACCCCACACCCUCAAUCACCUGGGACUUACCUGACCAGGAGCAGGACCUGAAUGGACUGUCCAGUAGCAUGGAGAUCACUGGUGGUGGUGGUGCCAUCAGCACCCUGACAGUGAAGGCCACAUCCAAGCUGUCAGUGGUCUGUGAAGCAGUGAAUGAGUUUGGAAAAGACAGCCGAGUCCACAAGAUUGAGUCCAUUGAACCUGAAACGACUCCCCUUCCCACUACUACUACUCCCCCAACAAUAGUGUUCGACACCACUACUCCAGGCAGCGUUCAGAUAGGUUUGUCCUCCACAACGGAGACUGAUCAGAGUUCAGUGGUGCCAGAAAGUAAUGCUACAGCUGGCCCUAGUAUCAAGUCUGUGCCAGAAAGUAAUGCUACAGCUGGCACUAGUACCAAGUCCGGCGGGUCGGUAACAGUAAAGCCUCCAAGGAGAGUCCAUAAAGAGGGCAGUGGCGUGAUCAUCGCAGUCCUCAUCAUUUGCGUCCUUCUGCUGGCCAUCCUGGGAAGCGUCCUCUACUUCCUGUACAAAAAGGGCAAGAUUCCCUGCGGACGUUCAGGAAAGCAGGACCUAACAAAACAGAAGUCUAAUAAAGAUGCCAUCGUCAUGGAGAUGAAGACGGAUAAGUCAGACGAGGCCGUUCUUUUACAGGGAGUCAACGGGGAGAAAAAAACUCCCUAGUGAGCAGAGUGGAGUUACCGGACAUGCGGCUGUGACUGCUCUGCCCUGAGAGCAGGAGCAGAAGCAGUGUGCUCCGACCCACCGUCCAGAUGCCACUCAGGGGCCUAACCCUAACACAGCUAUCCACUUCUGCACCCCACCCCACCCAAGCCAACCCCACACACCUCCAGAUCCCACACCGAUACCCCACACAGCCCCACACAUCCACGAAACACAGUUACCCUCAUAAAUUCCUAAUGUACAACUACCAAACAUAUCUAGACGGAAUCCAAUUACCAAACACAUCUAGCCAAAUUCACCUACCAAACACAGUUACCUUCGCACACCCAUGUGUAAGUCCAGCUCCACACUCUAGAUCCACAAGCACCUAUCUGCCCUGCCAGCCAGUGAUCUACAGAAUGCUGCAGGUCAUACCCGUCCUCUGCCACUGCCCCGUGGCUCUUUUACCCGCUAGUAAAACCCCACAACCAGGCC